ACCACAAGUCCGUGAUUCAGUCGGCCGCCUCAGUUCACCUCUAUCCCCAAUCCCUCACUAUCCCUAAUUCCUCACCCUCAUCUCUUCUCCGGUUGCCGCCUGAGCGCCUCCCCACGAACGUCUCUCUGCUAGCGGACCUUUCGGGAUCCUGCCGUCGCUAACAUCUCGCCAGAUCCUCUCAUUUAAUACCUUAUGGAUGGGCUUGUGGAAAAUACUAUGGAAGAAGAGAUAUCUGGAGAAGCUGGAAACAUGUACGAAAUGAAUCAAGAACAAGAUGGUCAGAUAGAAGCUGAAUCUGCUGAAAAAAGAUGGCCUGGGUGGCCUGGGGAAAGUGUUUUUCGUAUGUUGAUUCCUGCACACAAGGCAGGUGGUCUAAUUGGUCGGAAAGGUGAGUUCAUCAAAAAAAUGUGUGAGGAAUCAAAGGCUCGGAUAAAGAUUCUUGACGGACCACCUGGAGUGCCAGAAAGAGCAGUAAUAGUUUCAGCAAAAGAGGAACCAGAUGCUUCUAUUUCUCCUGCUAUGGAUGGUUUGCUUAGAGUCCAUAAGCGAAUAAUUGAUGGUUUAGAUGGGGAAUCUGGUAUUCCUCUAUCUUCUGCUGCUGGAAGCACAUUUCCCACAAGAUUGCUUGUGGCAGCUACACAAGCAGGGAGUCUCAUUGGGAAACAAGGAGCAACAAUAAAAUCCAUUCAAGAAGCUUCAGGUUCAAUUGUCCGGGUUGUUGAAAGUCUACCUCUAGUUGCUCUUCCAGAUGAUAGAGUUGUUGAGAUACAAGGAGAGCCCAGUGAAAUGCAUAAAGCAGUGGAAUUGAUUGCAAAUCAUUUAAGGAAAUUUCUUGUUGAUCGGAGUGUCCUUCCCUUGUUUGAAAAGCAUUCAUUACCAAAUAUGCAUAUGGAGCAAAAUAUGCCUCCCCUUCAACAUUGGGGCCAUCCCCAUGGCCUUCCCCCUAGUGUCGGUGGCCCAGGUUAUGGCGGAAACGCUCAGUUUAUUCCGCCACGUCGUCAUGAUAACUUUUAUCCUGCAGACCUUCCCCCAGUAGAGAAGCAACCUCAUCGAGGCAUAUCAAUGUAUGGACAAAAUGCACCCUCUACAGGUGUCCACUCUGGACCAAAUCAACAGCCACCGACAAUGAUAUCUCAGGUUACACAGCAAAUGCAGAUUCCACUUUCUUAUGCUGAUGCUGUAAUCGGAGAAGCUGGUGCAAAUAUUAGCUACAUCCGUCGUGCUAGUGGCGCAACAAUAACCAUACAAGAAGCACGUGGGAUCCCCGGAGAGAUGACUGUUGAGAUUGGUGGCAGUGCUGCACAAGUUCAAACUGCUCAGCAACUCAUACAGAAUUUUAUGGCCGCUGCUCCAGCCGCUGCUCAGAAUUCAAUGGGUUCAAUGGACCAUGGGUAUAAUUCUUACCCAACCCAUGCCCCGCCGUACGGCUCACCUCCUAACUCAGGCCAUGCAGCUCACGCUGGAGGAUAUGGUUCAACCUACAGUGGGAAUUAUGGAUAUUAGGUCACUGAUGAUGAGUUCAUUGAGUUGUUGUCUUGUGUGAGUUACCUUAAAAACUCUCGUUCUUCUGUUGGAGAUUGGUGUGAUUUGAUGAACAACUCUGUUUAGCUACCAGGGAUAAUUUUUGACAAAGUACGUUAAAGCCAAAUUGAAGAUGCUCAUUAUAAUUGGGAUCGAUCUGUUUGCGAUAGGAAACUAA